AUGGCAAAAGAAGAGUUGCGUUUACGUGGUAUUUCGUUUGACGAUAUCGAUCUUGCCUCUGUUGGUAAGACUGCUGCCGAAGCGACGGGUCGCAAAGAUGUUAAGACUGUACCACAAAUAUAUAUUGAGGGAGAGUACAUCGGUGGGUAUGAUGAACUACUCGCUUUACUAAAUAAACCACCCGAAGUUCGAGGCGGAGAUGAAUGCCGGGCUUGCGAAGUCGAACUAACUAAAAAGCAUGAAGAGAUUCAUUGGGUAGAAGAUGAGGCAGAAUUAUCAGAGGACGUUCAAGACUGGAAAACAAAGUUGACCGAGUCCAAGAAAGACUUUGUUACUCAAAUCAUUCGAUUGUUCACCCAGUCAGACGUACAAGUUGGCGAGAAUUACCAUGAGCUAAUGAUUCCUCGCUUUAAGAAUAAUGAUAUUCGUAACAUGCUAUCAUCGUUUGCGAAUCGUGAGGGUGUUCACCAACGUGCGUAUGCGCUACUGAAUGAUACACUUGGUCUACCAGACGAAGAGUUUCAUAAGUUUCUAGAGUACUCCGAAAUGGCAGACAAGCUAGACUUCAUGAAGCAAGGUAACAUCAAUAGCCUCACAGGUCUUGCACUUGUUAUUUCUCAGUCUGUAUUUAAUGAAGGAAUGAGUUUGUUUUCAUCGUUCGUUAUGUUACUGAACUUCCAACGUUUUGGUAAGAUGAAAGGAAUGGGCACUAUUGUUGAAUGGUCUAUUCGUGAUGAGACUAUGCAUGUCCAAGGCAACUCUAAGUUGUUCCGUGAGUUCGUAGAAGAGCAUCCUCGUAUCGUAAACGAUGAACUAAAGUCCAAGAUAUAUGAGAUGGCAACAAAUGCUGUUAAGUUAGAGGACAAGUUCGUUGAGCUGGCAUUUAAUGGCCAUGACCAAGAAGGUAUCACUGAAGCCGACGUUAAGCAGUACAUACGUCAUAUUGCGGAUCGUAGAUUGUUACAGCUAGGCAUGAAGCCAAAGUUUAAAGUAAAAUACAAUCCAAUGCCAUGGCUUGAUUGGGUUUUGAACGGUGCGUCUCAUGAUAACUUCUUUGAGAAGCGUGUUACAGAGUACUCCGUCAACGGCAUGGAAGGCGAUUAG